AUGGUUCCUGGGAAGAGGAGCAAGAAGAAGUGCAGAGACGGCGGCCAGGACGGCACGGCUGGCGAGGGCCACCAGUUACCCAAGGGACAUGCCAAGGAGUUAACCAAGGAACGCGACGAUCUCAAAACAGAAUUGUUCCAGAAAAACAAGAGUGUGGCGGACCUGAAGGAGCUGGUGAGCGAGCUCCGGGAGAAGCUGCGCGUGUCACAGGCGGAGACGGACGUCACCCAGCAGAGCGUGGCCGACCUGCAGAAGAAGCUGGAGAUGACGGAGCUGCUGCUGCUGCAGUUCACGGGCCCGACGGCAGGGCCGGGCAGCGACCCCCAGGCCGCCGAGGCGCUGGGCGAGAGGAAGCAGAUGGAGAGAGAGAUCGAAGACCUCAAGAGGCUGUUGAAGCAGCUGCAGGUGGAGAGGGACCAGCACCUGGAGCAGAUCAGGGCCCAGGACGAGUUCUGGCAGCAGCGCGUGCAGCAGGCCUUGCAGCAGAGCGCGGUGUUGAAGGACGAGAACGAGAAGAACGUGAGAUACGUGCAGGAGCUGGAGGCCAGCGUGGCCGACCUGAAGGCGCGGCUGGACGCGCCGGCCCCCCAGGAGCCCCCGGCGCAGCCGCCCGAGCCCUCGGAGCGGGAGGUGCAGCUGCAGGCGGAGGCCGAGAAGUGGCGGCAGGAGGUGGCGAGCCUGGCGGAGCAGCUGCAGACGCAGGUGCGCGACAACGAGAGCCUGAGCCGGCUGAACGCGGAGCAGGGCCAGCGGCUGCUGCAGCUGGAGGCCGAGGUGUGGGAUGAGCAGGCCGAGGCGCGCAGCCGCAUCCUGGAGACGAUGGAGAACGACCGCACGACCAUCACGCGCGCCCUGGCCCAGAACCGCGAGCUCAAGCAGCAGCUGGCCGAGCUGCAGGACGGCUUCGUGAAGCUGAGCAACGAGAACAUGGAGGUCACGUGUGCGCUGCAGUCGGAACAGCACGUGAAGGAGCAGCUGGCGGAGAGGCUGGGGCAGCUGCAAGAGAAGUUGGCAGAGAUGAAGGAGACGGUGCAGGCGAAGACGAGUGAGGCACAGGCGCUGCAGCAGCAGCGGGACCAGCACCUGGGCCACCUGCAGCAGUACGCGGCCGCCUGCCAGCAGCUGGGCGCCGAGAAGGAGCAGCUGCAGCAGCAGGCGCUGCUCCACGGCCAGCAGCUGGACCGGCUGCAGCACGAGCACGCGCAGAGCCAGGACGCGCUGGACGAGGCACAGGGACUCCUGAAGGCUGCUGAGGAGCAGAAGCAGCAGCUCCAGGCCCAGCUGAGCGCACUGCUGGCGCCGGGGAAGGCGAGUGACGGGGUCGGUGAUGGGGACGGUGACGGGGAAGGUGACGGGGAGCAGGAGACGGCCCCGAGGAAGCUGAGCCUGCCCGGGGACCUGCACAGCAGAGAGGCCAUGCUGGAGUUCUGCAACUCGGCCUUGGCGCAGGCGGACGCGGAGCAGGCGGAGCUGCGCCGGCAGCUGGGGGCCGAGAGAGCCCGGAGCAGGGGUUUGGCGCAAGCCCUGGCGGCCGCGCAGCCCGCAGCCCCCGCGCCCGGGGCCCAGACCGUCCCCCAGGAGACGCACGCGGCCCUGAAGGAGGCCAUGGACUUGCUGCAAACUCGCUUUGCGCAGAUCAUGCAGGAGAAGGUGGAGCUGCGCGAGCGCGUGGAGGAGCUGGAGCAUCGCUGCGUCCAGCUCUCGGGCGAGACCGAGACCAUCGGGGAGUACAUCACCCUGUACCACAACCAGCGGGCAGUGCUGAAGGAGCGGCACCACGAGAAGGAGGAGUACAUCACCCGCCUGGCCCAGGACAAGGAGAACCUCAAGGUGCAACUGCUGGAGCUGCAGGAGCUCGUGUUGAUGCUGGUGGAUGACAAGUACUCCAGCCAAGGCCCCAAGGCCGCCUCCCUGGCCCUUGCUGGCCCCCUGGCCGGUUCCCCGACAGAAGCCCCCCAUGGAGGCAGCCCCGGGUCCGAGGAGCUGAGCCCGGAAGGGGCCCCGGCAGGCCCUGCGCCUGUCAGCAACCCCACGGCCGUGAAGAUCAUGCAGCUGCUGAAGGAGAUGCAGAACUGUAAAGACCAGCCCGGCCUGGGCGCGGCGCCCUGCUCGCCUUGUAUCCCUUUCUUUUACAAGGCAGACGAAAACGACCAAGUUAAAAUCACCAUGAUCUAGCCCCGUCCCUGUCCCCCGCCCCCCUCCCACCGCGUCCUGUUGCUUCACACGGGGGAAGGGACAGGAACACUUCCGUGGGGGACCACGGACGGACCAGCGCAGCCUUCGCCGUAGCUGGGCGCUGCCUGCAGCUGUGAGCGGGCCAGAGGCGUCGCUGGCUGCACAGGCCUGGAAGCAUCCGCGCCCGCGCUUGGGGAGUCAUCUGAACAGCCCCCCCUAUCGUCUCAGUGCCGGGGAAGAAAGUUACUAUUGAGGGCAUCCCUUCUCUGUAGCCCACCGGUCCCUAGCUUGUCCUGCCUCCUAGUGGCCAGCUCAGGAUUCACGCCUGAGGCCAGGGAAGCUGCAGGGUCCCCCAGCCCUGAGCCCAGAGGGGCAGCACAGCGGGGAGGGUCUUUGCCUUCAGGCAGACAACCUGGGCUCCAUUCCGGCUCCCCAUAGGGUCCCCUGAGCACCGUCAAGAGUGAUUCCUGAUCGCAGAACCAGGAGUCACCCCUGAGCAUUGCUGGGUGUGACCUACGAAGCCAAAAAAAAAAAAAAAAACCACCCAAACUCCCCUGGACCCCAUGUUGAGCCCUUCUCUGCCCCCUGGGCGCCCCAGACAACACGAACCCGCAGACACGUUUGUUUCCCAUCGCUCAGAAAUGGAUUUUACUCUCAGCCACGAGAUAGCAAGACGGAGCGAGGUCAGAGUCCUGGACAGCAGAGGGCGCUGCUGUCCCCAGGGCCGGGGGACUCGGGGACGCUGGCUGUGCUGGUCUCUGGGAGCCAGGGCUGUCCCUGUCCCGCCACCCCUGAUGCUUGUGCAGUGUGACAAUACAGUCAGGGUCUGAGUCCCAUGUGGACCUUCACUGUCCCUCUGAGCCUGUCCGUUCCCGCCCGAGUGGCCUGUCGGGGUGUGGCCUCCCCUCUGCUCCUGCUGCGCUCUGGGGCUCCCGACCUGCCCUUCCCCGGGCCACUCUGAGCCCCGCGUCUCCUGCCUCAUUCCCUCCAGGCUUCAUACCAAACGUUGGCAGCCUGGCAGCCCCUGAGCGCUGGUCCUGUCCCGGGACAUGCGCUUAACCACCCAGACGCUCUGAGGGGUUUCUGGGCGUGACGGCAGGACUGCCCGAGGCUCCAGGAUCAGGCCCGCGUGGAGACCGUGACCAAAGCUGGCUCCAUGGUGGGGCCUGGGCCAGUCUCCCGCUACUCGCGCCAUCUCUGACCUGUUCCUGCAGCUGGUUGCCAGCCACCCCACCCUCACCACCUCUGAGCGGGUGGGUGGUCCGUAGCCACGUCCUCACCUGAGAAGGCGGGCUCCCCGCUGUGCCGGGCAUGUCCGGGUGCCAGGGUGUUGAACAGCAACAGCCGCCAGCUAGUCUCGGGGGUCCUCCCAGGGUCCACAGCAUUGCUGGCCUUUGCCUGGGCAGCUGUUGGCUGGUCAGAGUUGCUCUGCUCCUUUCCGUCAGACCCCCCUCAGGACAGCCAGCAGGUGACUGACACCCUGAGGCGGGUGCCCAGGUCAGUCUGGGCUACUCAGGGCCAUCACGGUCCCUCGCGUCCCACGGUCCUUGCUCCACUGUCCUCGCCACGUUCCCACAGCGUUUCCCGAAGUCGACUCAGGCACUCAGCAGGUCUUGCCGCACUGAGAAUGUUGUGCUGAAUUGCACCCAUCCCCUCGCUGGUUCGUCUCACCCCCUUUCUCCACCCCAGCACCCCAGACGAUCCCCAAACUUGCCAGGAGUGACCCGGGAGCAAGCCCUGAGCACAGCCAGCCAUGGCUCGAAAGCUGUUAAGUAGAAAACCCUCCAGGGCCGGGGUGGUCUUAAAGCACGGAGGGCGUUUGCCUCGCACGUGGCCGGCCCGGGUUCGCUCCCCAGCAUCCCAUAAGGUCCCCCAAGCACCGCCAGGAGUAAUUCCUGAGUGCAGAGCCAGGAGUAACCCCUGUGCAUUGCUGGGUGUGACCCAAAAAGAAAAAACCACCACAAACCUCCAGAACCCAAGCACCGUCCUGCUCACGGCCAGUCUCCAAUGGUUCAGGACAAGCCCAUCAUGAGCGAGAACGAAUCUGCUGAGAACCUCAGCUGUGCGGGUUUUGUGACUGAAACCCCCAGGCUCACACGAGUCGGGAACGGGUGACCUCCCCCCCCCACCCCCGUCUCCCUGUGCUUCCGAGUGCCUGUCACGCCCACAAACUGCCUCUGGCGCCAUGGAAGCUCAUUAGUGGCCAAGAUCCAGAGACAAAUCUCAGAAAGUCACAAGCUGCAGAGAUGCCUCUGGACCCCCAAGUCACCAUCCAGUUAAAAGUUUAACUCCAACUCUAUUGCCCCAUUACACAUUUUAGAAUUCCAAGUGCGUGGCCACAUUCACAGCCGCACAACAUCUUAUACUCUAUGCCGCUGAUGUACCAAGAGUAACACCACAUUUGGUGGGGUGUAAAGUGGGAGGCAACCAAUCUCCAUCAAAAUAAUAUAUUAUAUAUAUAUACAUAUAUAUUCGCAAGUAAGUCU